GCCUUGACGCAGUUUCUGGUCGUUAUAGUCUAUCAAAUCAAGGCAUAAAUGGAACAUGUUCACUAAGAGCAUGUACGACCUCGAAUUCGGAGGCUACAGAGUCGAUAAAUUUGUGGUGCAGGUUGGGUCUCCUUGUGGUGAGUGCUGCCGUGUGUCGGAGCUGAUCCGGCCCGCUACCCGCAAACGUCAUUACUCACAGCAGUGUCUCCCUUGCACCACUUACAAAGCAACCAAGUACAAUCCAACUACUCGCAUCACGGUCGACUCUCCUGUUUCAUCAAAUUCCCGGGAGUCCUUUACAAAAGCAUCGCUCAUACAGACACGCUUCUUCAGCACCGGCCAGAAGAAAUGUCUCAUUGUCACGACGAGCACGAGGGCCACGGCCACGGGCAUGACCACCAUGAGCAUGACCACUCUGACGACAUCACGCCCGCGGUGCAGUUCUCGCUGUACAGCCAGAUCAACUUCGACCGUGUCAUCACCCUCAACGAGGCGCAGCGGGACGUGGGCCAGGCGGUGGUGAAGAAGACCUGGCAGGAGAGACUGAGCGUCGAGCCCGAGUUGGCGAGCGACGUGGAUGAGCAGCUCCUCAUGACGGUGCCAUUCACGGCGCAAAUCAAGCUCCACUCCAUCCUCAUCCGCACAUCUCCCUCGGCCAGCGCGCCCAAGACGCUGCACGUCUUCAUCAACCGCGACGACCUCGACUUCGCGGCGGCCGAGGAGUCGGACCCCGUGCAGACGCUGGAGCUCUCGCAGACGGGCGAGCUGCAGGAGAUCCCUGUGCGGCGCGCGCUGUUCGGCAAGGUGCAGCAGCUGGUGCUCUUCUUCCCGGACAACUUCGGCGACGGCGACGAGGACGUCACGCGCAUCUCGUAUCUCGGCUUCAAGGGCGAGUGGACCCAGCUCGGCCGCGCGCCGACGAACAUCUUGUACGAGGCUGCGGCACAGCCUGGCGAUCACAAGAUCAAGGGGACGGGCAUUAACCAGCUGGGAAGUGGAAUUGGCGGGCGAGGGCCGGGCAUCUAAAGAUUCUAAAGGACCUCAAAUGAAUUCAAACGGUUGAUAUACCAACAAGGCUCAGUCUCAGGUAAAUUAACCAUACAUGAGCACGUAUCUCAAUUCUCGUCAAUUAACCACCGU